UUCAAAAUAAUUCUGGAUCAAUUUCGUAUUUAAUUUCUGGGAGCGAUGGUGAAUAUCAGACGAAAGAUUCAGCCGCGCAUGCGCCGCCUGCCGGUGCCGGCGUCCAUUCCCAGCCGGCAUCGCGUGCUGGUGGCGGAUAAUUCCGAUAAAUUCGGUUUCGGCACCGGAGCCCUGCGUUUCCCCCACGAAACGGUGCCGGAGAACCCCGGACCCGCCAAGUACCCCGCGGUGCCGCCCUCCUUCAAGGAUCCGGCCAAAUCCCCGGAGGCGCCGCCCGGCCAGCCGCCACCGCGCAAGGUGUUGCUGCCGGGAAGGUCAACGUGGCCGGUGUUCGGCUCGACGGUGGGCCGCUUCCCGACGGCGCUGCACACAACCUCCCCUCCGGUGGGCACCUACACCCUCACCGACCGGAAGCCCCCCUCCCGCCCCACUCACCGCACUCCCGUGGUCGUCCACCACCACGCCCCGUCGCGCCGCCCCUCCCCCACCCGCUACAACGUCCAGCCGCGUUUCGGCGGCAACAUCGCGCGCGGCCGCGCCGUCUUCCGCUCCCGCCUGCCGCGCAUCCACGCCCCCGCGGUCACCGGCCUCUUCCCGUGGGCCUACGACGUCCAGGACCACCUCCUGCACCCCACCGCGCCGCGGGCCUGCUCCAUCCGCUACACCGCGCCCCGGAUGCCGGCGGCCCGGCGCCCCACGGAGGGUGACCUGUGGAGCGGCGUCGACCCUCUCCGGCCGUCGCGUUCGCAGGUGGGAUUGGGAAACAACACUGGAACGCCGGCGCGGAGGGGGCGGUGUUCCCCAAGCGGCCGCGGAAUGUGGCGUGCAUGGCGCGGGAGGUCCGCGAGGCCCCCGGACCGGGGCAGUACGAUGUGGGGAAGUACGGGAGUAUCGGGCCGGAAGCGACGACGGUGGCGCCGCGGACGCUGAAGAAUCUGCGCCGGGCGCGGGAGAUGCUGGCUCGCUACGGGAGGCGUUGUUCGUCAGCGGAGGGGACACCGCCCGCUAAACUGUACGAUGCCGGGAAACUGCCGGCGGCGAAGUCGUUCCAUUACAACGCGACGAAUGUCUGGAUAUGAUCAUUUUAUUGCUGUAGUCUUCCAGUUUACUCAGUUUUCACAAUAUGCAUAUAACAGAUUUUAUAUAUAGAUACAUAUGUAUAGUUAUAUAUAUGCGCAUCCAAAAUAAAUAAAAAUGCCUGUCGCAACGCAGCGUGCAGGC